CCCAACACCAGCACACACACACACACCACCCCAGUAACCGACUGAUUGGUGACUGCAACACCAUGGGCGACGACUACUUGGGCGGCGAUGCGGACGGCCACUCCUACCCCUCGCCCAGGUCCUACGCCCUCAGCGGCAGGAUCAUGCUCAGCGCCAUCAUCAUCCUCUUCUUCGUCGUCGUCGUCAUGGUCUCCCUCCACCUCUACGCCCGUUGGUACCUCCUCCGCAGCCGCCAACGCCUCCGCCGCAACCGCCUCAACCGCCGCACCCACAUCGUCCUCUACGCCGACUUACCCACCCCCUCCGCCUCCCGCGGCCUCGACUCCUCCGUCCUCAAGUCCCUCCCCGUCUUCACCUUCUCCUCCGCCUCCCGGAUCGGCGGCGCCGGCGAGGCCCCGUCCGAGUGCGCCGUGUGCUUGUCGGAGUUCGAGGACGGCGAGGCGGCGCGGUUGCUCCCCAGGUGCAAGCACUCGUUCCACGUCGAGUGCAUCGACAUGUGGUUCCACUCUCACUCCACUUGCCCCAUCUGCCGCUCUCCGGUUGAGGCGGCGGGCGAAGAAUUCGUCGCCAUCGCGGUCGCUGACCGGCCCGAGGCCGGCACGAGCUCGGGCCUGUGCUCGUCGUGCCGGCACGGGGAUGCGCCAGGGAUGGCGGCGGCUUCUUCCUCGUCGGCCGAGGCCCCGCCGCCUUCCGGACGGAGGAAGCCGCCGGAGUUGGGCGGAUUUUCCAUCGAGGUGCCGCGGUGGACCGACCCGGAGGACGAGCCAAGGUGCGACACGCCGGCGAGCCGGCUCAGGUCGCCGGUGAGCCGAAUGCUGUCUUUCAGGAGGAUUUUGAAUCGGGAGAGGUGGGGAGCAUCUCACCGUCGGCGGCGGCGGCUGCGGCGGCGGCGCCGGUGACGAACGUGGCUGAUUGUGGGCCUCCUGCUGCGGCGACCGAGGUGGACGUAGAGCGAGGAUUGUCGACGGUCGCGAGAGGUGAGACUCGCCAAAACUCGGUGGCGUAAGGUCGAGUCGUGAAGGUGCUGACGUGGCGAUCAUUUUGCCGUAUGGGAAAGAAAGAAAGAAAGAAAGAAAGAAGGGAAGAAAAGACAUUCGGCGUCUAGCGUGUCAGAGAGUCAAAAAAGCUUGAAGGUGUAGGUGGACCCGCGGUCGGGAUCAAGUUUCGGACACGUGGCAGCCUUGCAGGGCAUUGUCAGUUGCUCGCAUCGCAGCCCUUGUUGAC